GAGGUCACCUCGCCUCACAUUAAAAUAUUUAUAAAUAUUGUACGUUAAGUAAAAAGGCAAAACAAGCAGAAUGAAUAUAAAAAUUUGGUUUGACGCAAUGAAGAAACUAGUUAGAUUGAAAGGUGUAAAGGUCACAAAUAAUCUCAUAUUGUACUUCGUGCAAGCUUGAGUGGUCCUCGGGUUUAAUCGAUCGUUAAUCACAGCAUAUGUCGAUUCAAUAAAUGCAAAUUUACCACAAUCUGAGUGACACCUCGGGCAGUUUUGUAAAAUAAGUCAAAAUAACUCACAAAAAAGCUUUCUAAGACAGUUUCACUAAUCCUGGUCAAUAGCUCCCGUUCAUCAUACUAAGUGUACAAGAGUUUUAUGCAAAUUUUACGUUGCUGACGUUGUUAAUGAUUUUUCAAAGUAUUUCCUGUUGAAAACACUAGCAACAUGGCGGACAAUUCAGUGAAGGCUACGAACAGUGCUAGGAUUCUUGCCAUCGUUCAUUUUAUCGUCGGGUUUCUACUCGUCUGUUUCGGCGUCGCAGACUACGUCGUGGGAACUUGGACCGGUAUUAUAGGUAUGGGUAUUUGGACCGGUAUAUGGAUCUUGUUCACAGGAGGUCUGGGAAUCCUUGGCACUCGCAAAGAGCCAAGGACUUUCUCACGCAACGCAUUUGCUGGUGUGUUCAUGGGCUUCUCUAUUAUAUCUACUGUACUUGGUGGCAUAAUUAUCAUCUGCUUCAGCAUAUCCACUGCUUACUACGACAGGCACCCAAGGUCUAUUACUGUAGCCAUUUUGAUUCUCGGCAUCAUCGAGUUCGCCAUUGGUAUCUGGGCUGCGGUGUACCUACCUUGUACAUGUUGUAACACUCCAGCACAACAGGGGCACGUAUUGUACACUGCCAGUUCUGGUUUUGUCAUGACCCAGGGACUUGGUGGUGUUCCUGUGGCCGUUCCGAUGCAAUCGAACUGUGGCAUGGUUGCACUCCAAACUGUCACGCCAAGGGUACAGGAAGGCCAACCUCAAAUAGUUCUGGUACCUGUUUCUGCAGCGGAUGGGAAUCAACCGCAGCUGGUCCAAGUUGUUCCGUACGGAACCAUGGCCACUCAUCACACUGACAUGUCCCCGCCGUCAUAUGAAGAGGCACAGCACGCAACACAACAAAACCGACAGUGGACCGCUCGGGUAAGCCUUGAUACUGUACGAAAGCCUGAAAACGAGGCGGGUUUGCACUCAGUGAUCUUGUUUAAAUUCCAGGCUGGUGUGUUUAUGGGCUUCUCUAUCACAUCUACUGUGCUUGGUGGCAUAAUUAUCAUCUGCUACGGCAUAUCCAGUACUUUCUAUGGCCCCAGACGUGCAAGGGCUAUCAUUGUAAUCAUUUUGAUUCUCGGCAUCAUUGAGUUUGUCAUUGGCCUCUGGGCUGCCGUGAGCCUCUGUCUGAUGAAACCUUGUACAUGUUGCUACGAUACUGCACCACAACCGGGGCAAGUAAUGUACACUACCAGUUCUCGUCACAUUAUGACUCAGGGACCUGGUGGUGUUCCUGUAGCCGUUCCGAUGCAAUCGGGCGAUUGCAUGGUUGCACUCCAAAAUGUCACGCCAGGGGCACAGAAAGGUCAACCUCAAAUGGUCCUGGUACCUGUUUCUGGAGCUGAUGGGAAUCAACUACAGUUGGUCCAAGUAGUUCCGUACGAAGCCAUGGCCUCGGGUCACCAACCUCAGCAUAUUGAUUUGCCCCCGCCGUCAUAUGAAGAGGGACAGUACACAACGCAACAAAACUGACAGAUUCCAGUGUUAGAUUCCGCCUACAAGUUCGGUGGGAGUCUGAUAAACACCUAGAACACCAGAUGACGUCAUAGAAAACUUAGGUCAUAAAAUUUAUGCAAACCUGUUAGUGUAGGUUUAAACUUACUAGUUUGAUUAUUUACAUUCUAAAACGAACAUAGAUCGUAAUUGAAACGUUUCCAAAAUCUUAAACCUCACAAUGUAGGUUAAAUUUAUCCCUUUCAUAUUAGCGUGCAUAUAUUUACUGUUAUGUUUGGUUUCAUUUAUUUGUAUUCUUUCUACACUUUUUUUUUGUAUUGUUUAACUGCCACACUAAUUUUUGCUUCAAAUUUAGCUUAUGGUAAGCAAAUGAAACAUGUUUUGCCAGUUAAAGCCUGCAUGUUGUGUGGUUUCUUAGAACAUCAUCUUUACUGGCAAAUAACUAAGUUCCAAGGUCGUUUACAUGAAGAGAAGGUGUCCCGGCUAAACGAGAUACCCGACCAACCAAGACAUCCCGAGAAGUUCAACUUUUAAGAAAACGAUUGAGGCGUUUGCAUCUAGACAGAAUAGUCCGCAUUCUCGGGGCGUCCUGUCUAGAUGCCAGAAGGAACCUUGUAGGAAGGCUAUCUUUUUGCGAUGUAAACGGUUCCACCCGGGUUACCCAGCUAGCCGAGGUGAGAAGAACGUGAAAGCUGCCAUAUAGCUUCAAAGGCGGCUUGUAGCAUUAACUGCCUCUAGUAAUAGUCCUAGAAACUGAAAAGCAGUCGCUAGCGGAACGAUUGAUAAGAACAUAGACAAUAUUUGUGUUCCCGGUAUUGGACUGGAACAAGCUUGCAACUGAGGCUAAUGCGGGGAGUCUUUUCCGAUGCAAAUGACAUUGAUGUCUUUUUAAUGAUAUGAUUUCUCAUGAACCACCACUGCUAGGCAGUUCCAGUCCAAUACCAAGAAGACGAAUAUGAACUAUUAAACUUGUGCUGAAAACAUUUCUUUCGUUCACCGAAUUUAAGGUUGUCUGAUACCUUCAGAUAUAAAUCUCUCUCCAAAAACCAUUAAUCGGAAACAUGAAGAUUAAACAUCUCUGGCCAUUUGUGAAA